AUGUCGCGGGCGGGCAGCGAUGGCACUGCCGCGCUGGAGCGGGCCGGGGCGGAGACGGUGAAGCGGGCGGUGCAGCUGGACUUGGCGUCCCGGUUCCAGGAGUCGCUGGUGUGUUACCAGGAGGGCAUCGACCUCCUGCUGCAGGUGGUGAAAGCCACGACAGAUGAGGCGAAAAAGCACCGAUACCGGCAGAAGAUAUCCGAGUACAUGACCAGAGCCGAGGACAUUAAAAAACACAUUGAGAAAGAGAAACAAGACGGCAAAUACCAUAAGCAAAUCAGGAUAGAAGAAAAUGCAACAGGUUUUGGCUAUGAAAAGCUUUUCAGCGAGUACCUCACUGAGAUUGUUUCUGAAGUUUGGGUGGAGGACCCAUACAUUCGGCAGGCUCAUCAGUUGUAUAACUUUCUGCGAUUCUGUGAGAUGCUGGUUAAGGGGCCAUGCAAGGUGAAAACAAUCAACCUCCUCACUUCCUAUGAUGAGGGUAGUGGGAGGAGUCAACAGAUGACUGCCUUGGAAGAAAUAAAACAGUCCUUGCGUAAUUAUGGAGUAACACUAAAUAUUGACUUUUCGUCUUCAAUACAUGAUCGAGAAAUCAGAUUCAACAAUGGGUGGAUGAUUAAGAUUGGAAGGGGUCUUGAUUAUUUUAAGAAACCACAGGGUCGUUUCAGCAUUGGAUACUGUGACUUUGACUUGAGACCUUGCCAUGAAACAACAGUGGAUGUCUUUCAUACUAAACACACAAAGAAAAUGUGAUCAGAAAUGCUUAUUUUCAUAAGCAUAAAAAUGUGAGACUGAAAGAUGCUUCUUGAGUCCAGCUGGUUGCCCACAGAAGGAACACUUCUAAGUACUUAGUGCAGUACAGCUUUUAUAAACUGUGUUUAAGAAUAUUUGAGACUUUCCAGCGUGAGAAAACAAAACUGCAUGAUUCCUUCAUCCUACUUCUUCUGUAAUCUUAAUUAAUACAAUCCCUGUCUAAAUUUAAUCUUGAUUUCAUAAAAGACCCUCAGUAGUGUCUUUCAAAAGCCUCUUUACUGCCAUUUCUAUUUUUAUUGUUGAUUUUGUCUUGAACCUGUUUUAAAUUUUAUAUUCUUUACCUGGCCACUUCACAAUCAUUGGAAGCUGGGCUGUCACAUCCUCUUUUAUAAGCAGUCUUAUUUAUUUCCUUAAAUUCCUGUAUUCUUGUCAUGAGUACUAUUUUGCUGGGAUUUUGUCAAUCCUGUAAUACUUUAUGUCCUAGACUUUACUAGUAAUCCCAAUUUUCACAUUCCAUUUUCCUAGCUCUUUGCCUAUGAAUGUGGUAGUGGUUCAGUACACAGUCAAUUUAGGGUUGUCUUAUGUGUCUCUGCAUAAUGGAUUUUGGACUGGGAAGGCUGCAAACAGCUAUAUUUUCUUCCCUGCCACUCCUAUGUGUUCUUUUAUUCCAUGAUAUAUGGCCAUAUACCUGAUCUCCAUCCUUUGCAGUAAGUGUGGAAAGAACUUGUGAAUCUCUCCCAGUCUUACUCUCUGACUUUAAAGUCCAAUGACUGAUUUUUCAUGCCACUCUGAACUGCAGCAAGCUAUUUCACUACUACUAAGGUAGUCCCCUAAAAGGAAUAAAUUUAAGAUUUUUCAGAAGUUGGAUACCCUGAGUAUCUCAGUUGGUCAGACCAUGGUGUGAAUAUUGCCAAGGUCACAUGUUUUAUCCCUGUAAGGGCCAUUCACUUAAGACCUGGACUUGAUCCUUGUGAGUCCCUUGCAGCUCACAAUAUUCUGUGAUUCUAAGCAAUAUGCUAUUUAGAAUAAAGAUAGUCUUCCCUUGUCAUUCUUUCAGCCUUUGGAAACCAGAAGGUAUUAAAGGUAUUACCAGAGGUGCUGCUUUUUUUUCCCCUUAUACAAGAGUUCUUUGUUAGCAAGAAUCUGCUGAAGUCAUACACUGACAUAAAAAACAGGCAGUGGCUUCUUUCAGAUCCCAUCAAAAUCUUUUUAGCCUCAGGAUUGAUACGUGCCUUACACUUUCUGGCUUGUAAUACAGUAGGCCUCUAUAUUCUAGUAGCAUGUUUAUUGCUAGAACUUUUUUUUGUUUCCUGUAUUUCUUUUUCCUGAUGGUUAAUGUAUUCCAGUAUCUUUUUUUUUCUUAAUGUGCUUAAUUAUUUAAUUUUCUGUCAUCUAAUGCUGCUAUUCUUUUCCUCUUGUUUCUAACAACCAAACUAUUCCACAGCAACCAAUAUGAAAUGGAGCUGGUCUUUGCCUUGUUUUCUGUGUCACAAUAUGCCAGUGGUCUGCCUUCUUUAUCCUUUCUCAUAAUGUUUCAGCUUUGCAGAGUUGCAUCAGCAAAAUUAAUAAUAUAUAUGCCACAGAGGUGUGUGCUAUUAGUCAUUUCACCAAACAUUCCAUAGGAGCUCCCUGGCUUGCUGCUAUGAUAUGAAGUUUCUAGGCAAUUGUGAAUUUUAUUUAGUUGUGUAUGAGAUAUGCCUAUUUUUAAUGGGAAUAAAGGUUAUUUUUUAUUAUUUGUA